AUGCCAUGGGAAGGGGACCGCUGGCCACCCUUCCCAUCCCCGUGCCGGCAGGGACAGCCGUCUGUCUCCUCAUCUGCCAUCCGGCCCCGGAGCCGGGGACGCCUGCACAGGGGUGCGGGCUUGCAGCACAGGAGCGUUUGUCAAGAGGUAGAGCGACGGCAGGAGCAGCGGUGCGAUGCCGGGCCAUUGAAGCAGCCCGAGGAACCGAGCAACACAGGGAGACAGCCCGGAGGUGGUCUCUUGGAGCAGGAGGGGUUAAGGGGUUCAGCUGAGAAGGGGGCACUUGAAGGAGAAGCCUUGACUGAAGAGGAUGAUGAGGACUCCAAAAAUCUUCCAGUUUCAGCCAGACCUGCCUGUGCAAAUAAGUUAAUAGACUAUAUCAUAGGGGGAGUUUCCAGUGGGGAGGAGAGUACGGAUGAUGGGGAAGACUGGGAUGAUGAUGACGACGAUGGGUUUGAUAGCGAAGGACUCCCCUCAGAUUCAGAUGCUGGUAGCCAGGACGGAGAAAGGCUUCAUCUCUGGAAUUCCUUCUACAGUUUGGAUCCUUACAACCCUCAGAACUUCACAGCCACCAUUCAGACAUCUUCCAGCAAUCCUGGAAAGGAUAUGUUGGAGGAGGAGGAGGAGGAGGAGGAAGAUUCUUCGUGGGCAGAGGAGUCUUCAGGCUCUUCUCACCCUAGUUCUGAAGAGGAGGACGAGUGGGACUGCAGCAGUGUGGAUGAAGCGGAAAACUUGAAACUUUGGAACUCGUUCUGUACCUCAGAUGAUCCAUAUAACCCCUUAAAUUUCAAGGCAGCCUUUCAAACAGCAGAGAAAAAAGGGACGUCUGGUUUAAAAGGAGCAGAGAGGCCGAGUUUGGUCACUUCUGAGCGUAGCCACUUAACUGUCUGUCGGGUGCAGUUGGAAAAACAUAACUGUGGGGUCGCUGACUUUGUGCAGCAUGACAUUCUUUCUGGUGAAAAAUGUAGAAGUACCAAGCGGAAAAAGGUAACCUUCCUUGAAAAAGUUACUGAGUAUUACAUAAGCAGUGAGGAGGAUCGUAAAGGACCCUGGGAAGAGCUUGCACGAGAUGGAUGCAGGUUCCAGAAACGUAUCCAAGAAACAGAAGAAGCCAUAGGAUACUGCUUCACAACAGAGCAUAGACAAAGAGUAUUUAAUAGACUCCAAGAAACCUACUACAAGAGGGUUGAUCUCUUCUAGCACCUUAAAAGAUCUGGUAGUUGCGUGACCCUAAGCACUCAUGAACAACUUCACAACGAGAAGUGGCAGCUGCAUGUGCUAUUUUGAAAUGGGGAGAGAAGUGGGAUUUUAACACUUUUUUUUUCCCAGUUCGAUAUUCAGCCAACAAUUAUCCCCGUGUCCCCCAUUGUGAUAUCCAGACAGAACCUUUUGAGUAUCAUCAAGGGUAAGGGUGGUCUAACUGCAUUCCUUUUAAGUAACACUUGGGAAACAGACUGCUUUAGGUUAAAUCCAUUCCAAAAAAUGCCUUGUCUGCCGUAUUCUGAGAAGUGGUGACUAUUAAGUUGGAUUUUUGCACUUUGAAAAAGCAAAACCUAUUUUGAAGGAAAUAUUUAUGGGGCUCAGAACCUCGUUAUUGCAGUUUUGAUUUAAAGUUUCUAGAGGAAUGUGCUGCUUUGUUGUGCUUUUCCAUUUUCUCUUGUACUAAAGUCUCAGAUUUUGUUAGCUAGUAACGUUGACUUUACUGAGUGAAGCAGAUUGUUCCUUCCUUUUAAGAUCCCAGUUUUGCAUGUAAUCUAGUGUUUGAGUGUUUAUGUAAUGCUUUGAUGUCUUAAUAUUUCAGUCUAGCACACUGGGGGAUUCAGGGGAACUCUGGUGCACUACAAGCCCUUUGGUUUGUCUUUAUUUAAAUAAUACCUUUACCCAGUACUGUUCCAAAGGGUGUUGGCUGCUUGUGCACCAAACCUCUCUGCUUUCAGGGUGAUGAAAGGCUUCAUCCUGUUCAAUAAUUAAAGCUUCAAGGUAUGCAUCAAGGCUAUGGCUGGUGGUUUGAAUUUAGGUAGCUGCGCAAAGGGAACUAGGCCCUAGUUCUUUACAAUAAUCUUAGAGUAACUUUGCAGUAAUUUAUUUUGCUUUCGGAAGAUGGAUUGAAGUGGAGGACUCUUCAUAUUUUUUGUAUCCAAUAUGCUUGUUCCGGUACUUGUAAGGGGAAUUAUCUUUGACGUAUGGAAAUCUAAGGUCACAAAUCAUUGUGUUCUUUACCAAAAGCCAGUAUUAAUACCUCUAUGCUUCUGCACUUUCGUUCAUCCGGUACCAAAACAACAUUUUGUGUUUGAGGUCUGAAAGUUGAGGUCCUCGGUGGAAAGGAAACACUCCUUAUUUAUGUUCCUAACCUUAAAAUGUUCUAAUUGUUGUUUCAGUCAAAAUAAAAAAGCAGCACCAUUUGGAUAUGUGUUUGGACCUGAAGGAUGUUGUGUGGCUGUUACCCAAGCAGGUAUGAGGUCAUGCAACGGGAUAAAUAGCAAACAUCAGAGCAUUCGUAUCUAUUUGCACGAACUUGCGUGAAUAAAUUAUUCGCUACUUGGUUCAUUCAGCUGACUAGAAUUGUUUUCCUUUUUUAAGGGAGAAACGUAAAAACACUUCAACUUUGUCUUCUCAUUGCUGACUUCAAUUUUUAAUUUGAAAGAAAAUUACAGAUACAGAAGAGCUUCACAGAGCUUUACUGAAUUUUCUGCUUUAUCGUGCCAUCUUUUUGGCCAUUACUUUUAAUUCUGUCUUAAAAAUGGCAGAGUUUUUGGGUUUAUACUUUAUUAUUGUUGUAUGAAGUGCGUUUGUUAAAUUACCUUUCUCUGCUCCAAGUUAGAAGUGUUACAAUUACAAAGUCCAGAGGGUUAACUGUGACCUACAGUGGAGCUGUCCUAAAAUGCAGCUGAAACUCCAGCAGCCUUACAGACUGGCUGCUUGGGAGCAAUGUAGCAAUGUUAUUUUUCAUCCUCAUGGCAUAAAAAAAAAAA